GUUGGAGCAAUCGGCGCCGUCCCUGGCGCCGUCUCCGCCCCUGCCGCACGCCGGCCGCCGGCCGCAGGGCAGGUUCCGCGGAGCCGACACCGAGGUUGCGGAGGAGGCGGCAGGGCCGAGGCCUUGGUUGAGGGCGCGGUGCGGUGCAGGGCCGGGUCAGCUGGAGGAGCGGAGGUGACUUCCGGCGCGCGGCUCCGGAGGCCAGUGGCUCCCUCAGGCCCGGGGCGGGACGGGGCGGCGGGAGCCGAGCGGCCACCCCGCCCGCGGCCCGCCCUUGGCGUCCGGGGCCUGCGGGCGCGUGCGGCCCAAAAGGCGGCUCCGUACGCGCUCGGCUCCCCGCGCGGGGCUUCGGAAGGCAGACCGCUGCGCCGGGCCGCGUCGCGCCGGAAGCGCCUCGGCGUCUCGGGAGUGGCGCGCUGUUGACAGCCGCGCUCGCGGACUUGGGCUGCGCGUCUUUCGGGCUCGGCGCUCGGCCUGCGGACGCUUCUCGGAGCGCCGUGGCGUCCCCGAAGCCCGCAGCACUGGGAUGGGCAGGCGACAGGAACGGGAAAGGUGCCCAUGGCGUCGGAGCGGCGCAAGGUCAAGUAUCACUGGGGCAGCACGUCGGAAGGGUGUCCCAGCAAGCGCAGCCGCCCCCGGGAGCCCGGCAAUGUGGCCCCCUCCAGCCGGCCAGGUCGCAGGUGUGCGUCGCGUCCUCGAGGGGCCAGCAGCCCCCAGCGUCUGAAAGUCUGGCGCGGGGACGAUGUGGCCCGCGCUCCUCGGAGCUCAGUCCGCCGCCGCACCUCCUCUUCCUCUUCGUCGUCCUCUCUCUCUUCGGGCUCAGGUGUGGGUGAGGCCGCCUCCCCUGGCUUCCUGAUUGCGAGCCCAAGGAGAUUACUUACGUCCAAGGGGUCUCCAAUGCACCCGGCCCACGCCUCCCUAGAAGAAAUGGCUUCUCUGCGGAAGGAAGCUUGUAGCGUUAAGGUUGAUUCUAAAGAUAGUUCUUGCCGCUCUACGAGCUCUGGAUUUGCAACAGAAGCUGAGGGUCAGAGUGAUGCUAUGGAGGAACCCAACAAGCUCCAGAAAAGGAAGAAGGACAGGCCUCGAGACCAGGGCUCAAGAGUGAUCUACCUGAAGGCCAUCCAGGGCAUCCUGGGGAAGUCGAUGCCCAAGAGGAAGGGGGAGGCUGCCACCACUCAGGGGAAGGCAAGCUUGGGAGACUGUCCUAACCAGGAAGGACCAAGCAGGAAGGUGGAAGGACCAGCCAGGAGCAGGGACGGACCCUUGGCCAGGAGUGUGGAAAGACCGUCCAGGAGCCGGGAGGAACUGGUCAAGAGUGUUGAAGAGGGACCAGCUGGAAAGGUUACAGUUACUGUUCCUCAGAAAGAGGAGUCACAUACAAAGGUUAGGGUGGAGAAGGAAGAGUCUGCACUAAACAGGAACAGCUUCUGUGACAGAAGAGUGAUCAUAGAUUCUGUGAAGAAAAGUAGUGAGGAGCUGCUUGGGGACCGAAGGACAGUCAUUGACAAACCCUCUCCAGCCCUAGAAUUUUUUGAUAACUCUGACUCUCAUGCAGAUAUUCAUAAGCACACAGACAGAGAGGUGGUGAUGGAGCAUCCCUCUUCAGGGAGUGACUGGUCAGAUGUGGAUGAGCUGGCCACUGUGAGGUUCUCCCAAGAGGAACCGGUCUCACUGAAAUACUCAGCAGUUCCAGAAUCUUCUUCCUUCCCCACUGACUAUGUUAUGUACCCUCCUCAUUUGUAUAGUAGCCCAUGGUGUGACUAUGCCAGCUACUGGACUAGCAGCCAUAAGACACCUGGUUAUCCAUUGGUAGGAUCCAGCAACCAUGACUCAGCACAGGCUGGGAAGAGCAGCCAGGAUCUUCUGAGUGUUCACUCCUCCAAGUCCACAGUGAGUACCCAGAGCAUCUCCAAAGGCCUAGACAGUGCCCAGGAAGGUAGGUUCCAGAAUUCCCACUCACUUCGGUUCUCCAGAAGCACUGAGGAGGAGGAGGUGAAGGCGAAGAGGACAUUCCAAGAAGAGACACCACUUCACCACACCAGAGAACACACAUCCAGCUCUUUGCCAAGGAGCCACCGAGAGCUGAGCCUGGAAGGGGGCUUCAUUGAUACCCACUGUCAUCUGGACAUGCUCUACUCCAAGCUGUCUUUCAAGGGGACCUUUACAAAGUUCAGAAAGAUUUAUAGCAGCUCCUUCCCUAAGGAGUUUCAAGGCUGCAUCUCUGACUUCUGUGAUCCAAGGACACUGACUGAUGGCCUAUGGGAGGAACUUCUGAAAGAAGAUCUGGUUUGGGGGGCUUUUGGCUGUCACCCUCAUUUUGCACGAUACUAUAAUGAGAGUCAAGAAAGAAAGCUUUUGCAUGCCUUACGCCACCCCAAGGCUGUGGCAUUUGGGGAGAUGGGCCUGGACUACUCUCACAAGUGCACUACCCCAGUCCCUGAGCAGCACCAGGUGUUUGAGAGGCAGCUGAAGCUGGCUGUGUCUCUGAAGAAGCCCUUGGUCAUUCACUGCCGUGAAGCGGAUGAAGAUUUGUUGGAUAUCAUGAGAAAAUUUGUGCCCUCUGACUACAAGAUCCAUAGGCACUGCUUCACUGGCAGCUACUCAGUCAUUGAGCCCUUGUUGAAGUACUUCCCUAACAUGUCGGUGGGCUUCACAGCAGUGCUGACCUACUCCUCCGCCUGGGAGGCUCGGGAUGCCCUUAGACAGAUCCCGUUGGAGAGGAUCAUUGUGGAAACAGACGCACCCUACUUUCUCCCUCGCCAGGUGCCGAGAAGUCUUUGCCAGUAUGCCCAUCCAGGCUUGGCCUUGCACACAGUUCGAGAGAUUGCCAGGGUCAAAGAGGAGUCACUUUCCCACACUCUGUCGGUCCUCCGAGAGAACACCAGUCGCCUCUACAGCCUUUGAGCAGGAGCACCAGCAGUCAUCUUCUGGCAAAGGAUGACCAGUGGCCUGAUAGUUAGGACGGGCUCCAUCUGUCUGUGUUCAAGGUGAAGGAUGUGUUGGAGAUCCUGUCAAAACUCAGCAAACCAGGAUGUUAUCUUGGACCCUCAUCACAAGGCUUCACUUGCUGGGUGCUGGGUGGGUGGAUACUGUGGAAUGGAUCUGGGGUGAGAGGAGUAGUUUUGCCUGCUGGCCACAAGGCCCUAGGAUAAUCAGUGAGCAACAGAAAAAAACCAUUUAUGAUAGUGUACAAUGAGAAGGCCAGUCUGGGUCCCUGCCCUUUGGCCUGGGUUUCCCAGCAGUCUGAAUAAAGUCAUCUCUUUAUCUGAGCACACGUGGAUAUAUAAUCUGGUCCCUUCUUCCCUGUCAAGAAAGGAACUUGCUGAGGGAGGUCUCCUGGGCAUUUUCUGCAACCUUGGCUGAGGUGCCACCAUACAUGACUUCCAGGGUUGCCACUGGUUCUAUGUCUCUGAGUGCCUGUCUUUAUGAUCUUACGGUGGUGUGAUGGUGUGUCCUGUGAGAACUAAAGGAGGCGGGCUGUCCACCCUCAGUAAAGCCCUUGUGGCAGGUCGCUGAGCAUCUGGGGCCCUGCUUUGUAUCUUUUUUAUAAAACACUGGGCCAGGACUAUUUCCCUCCUUUCACACUUGUCAGUCUCCUUGUGUCCUCCACCCAUGCUGCCCUUCCCCUGAGCUCACUGGGGGCUUUGGUCAUUUGGAUUGUUACUGCUGAGCAAGCAGCCUAGAGUCUAGGUGAGAUAACCUCUCUCCCUUGGCUGCUUUCUGUGUUCUGUUUGUAUUUUAGGGGCCUUCAUUUGUUUGAGCAGUAUGUGAUCUAAAUAGGUAGCUUUGUUCUGGUCUCUGUAGUACCUUGUAAAGGUGGACUCAUUUCAGGCCUUGGAGGUGAUGUUGGCCUGGGCUGUUCUGUGAGGAGAACCAUGUUCUUAGUCCAGAAGGACUAGGUUGUGUAGUCCAGCACUUAACAGUGGGUUCUUCUAUAUGACUUUGUCUUUGGAUGGUGCACUUGAGCCUUGUGAAGUAAAAUGGAUUAGCUGUCUCGACUUUUCAAUGGGACUCGGUGUCAGGUCUGGGAAAUCGCUUUCAUCUUUUGUUCACUUCCCUUGGGUCAGGUGCUUUUUCUCUGCUUCACAUUUUCACUCUAAGAAGAACUUGGCUUCCUUUUUGAAAGACGUGGAGUCUGCUCAGUCUGUCGCACUAUUUUAUUGUCACUCAAACAAGCUGUAUUGUAACCAUCUUUACAGCAGACCCUUGAUAUCUUGGAGGCACCAAUAGCUUCACUAUUGAAUAGGGCAUGACUAUUGACCACUACACCAAAUCGGAGGCCACUGCCUUGCCCAGAUCCACCUAACCUCUCCCAGACUUUGGCUUUCUUUCUAAAAAUAAAGGGACAGGUCCAUAAUCCACCUCCCUAUCCUAUGCUCAUUUUGUGUAUCUAGAUUGUCUAAAUAAUGCAGGGGGCUAGUCUAGACAGCUUGGUAUUCUAUGCUGAUUUCUUUCUAGUGCUGUAAUGAAAAACCGACCAAAACAACAUGGGGAAGAGCGGGUUUAUUUUACCUGGCAAGUAUAAUCCAUCAAUGGAAUCAGGGCAGAAACUGAAGUAGGAAAUUAAAAUAGAGGCCAUGGAGGAACUCUGCUUAGUUUGUUGUCAUAUACAACUCAAGACCACCUACUCAGGUGGUCUGUGUGCUGGACCCUCCCACAUCCAUCUUGAAUCAAAGUACCCCAUAGGCUUGCCUACAUGCAGAUCUCAUGGGAGCAUUUUCUCCACUGAGAUUCCCUUUUCCCAGGUGACUUUAGCUUGUGUCAAGUUGGCAAACUAACCAACUUAACUUGGGAAUGUCUGUAGAUAUUGUCAACUGUAAGAUUAAAGUAGCUAUGUGAACACCCUGUGCUGCCUUGGAAUGAGACAUCCAUGCUACUUUCCUGCGGACCUGGGUGGGCUAGGUAGCUGCUUUUGUCUUUGGGCAGUCCAUAGUUAAGCAGAAGAAAGAGAGCAGCGUUGUACCAUGGGGUGUUGGUGGUUCAGUUAGUUACAAUGUGGGUUUUGGGCUCUGAACUCUCUCCAGACAAAGUGGGAGGAUUUGUUUCACUGUUGCAGUCAGUCAGAUGGUAUUAAUUUUUUUUUUUU